GAGGUCUCAAGCUGUAACAUCCUCUCACCGUCCUAGCUUGUUGUUUGCUGCACGGCUCUGUCUGGAGGAUAUCGUUGGACCGCUGCCCUUUAAUUCUUUUUGGUUUGCGAAUUUCUUGGAACCAACCACGUACCAAGCAAUGGCGUUGCCAUCUUUUCCUUCAAUUGAAUCAGCUACUCAAUGGAAGUAUGAUGUGUUUUUGAGUUUUAGAGGUGAAGACACCCGCAAUGGUUUUACAUCCCAUUUAUACCACGAGUUGCAGUGGCGAUCAAUUAAAACAUUCAAGGACGACUCAAAGCUUGAAAAGGGCACCACUAUUUCUCAAGAACUCUCGACAGCAAUCGAACAAUCGAGGUUUGCCAUCAUCAUUCUCUCGCCAAACUAUGCUUCUUCCUCAUGGUGCUUGGAUGAACUUACAAAAAUUCUUGAAUGCAUGAAAGCGAGAGACACAAUUCUCCCAAUUUUUUAUCAUGUGGAUCCGUCUCAUGUUCGAAAUCAAACGGGGACUUUCUUGGAAGCCUUCAUUAAGCAUGAAGAAAAGCUUAGGGAAGGCAUAGAAAAGGUUAAACAGUGGAGGGCUGCUUUAACAAAUGUGGCUAAUCGCAAUGGGUGGGAUUCCAAGGAUAAGAGUGAAAGUGAACUUAUUAAAGAUGUUAUCGAACACAUAUGGAAUAAACUGCAACCUUCAUUCCCCUUGUCAUUAGGUUCCAUAGAAAAGUUAGUUGGAACCGAUUCUACACUGCAAGAACUUCGUUUGCUUUUAGAUCUUGAGGCAAAUGAUGUUCGCUAUAUAGGGAUUUGUGGGAUGGGUGGGAUGGGCAAGACAACCAUUUCUAGGCUAGUGUAUCAGAGAAUUUCCCAUACUUUUGAAGUUAGCAACUUUCUUGCAGAUGUUAGAAAGUAUGGUCAAAAUGGUUUAGUCCAUUUACAAAAACAACUUCUGUCCCAUAUAUUGAAGAAACAAAAUAUAAAAAUUUGGGAUGUUUAUAGUGGAAGCACUAUGAUAAAGAACUGUUUCUGUGACAAAAAGGUUCUUCUCAUUCUUGAUGAUGUGGAUCAAUUAAAUCAACUGGAAAUGUUGGUCGGAAAGAAAGAGUGGUUUGGAACGGGGAGCAGAAUCAUCGUUACAACUAGAGAUGAACGAGUGCUACUUGAACAUGGUAUAGAGAAAUCAUACAAGGUCAAGGGAUUAAAUAACAUUAAAGCUCUUGAACUAUUUAGUUGGAACGCCUUCAAGAAAUAUAGACCUGAAGAACAAUAUCUGGAACUGUCUAAGUGUUUCAUUCAAUAUUCCAGGGGCCUUCCAUUGGCUCUUAAAACUUUGGGGUCUUACUUAUAUAAAAGAGGUCUCGAUGAAUGGAGUAGCGCCUUGGAUAAACUAGAGAAAGUUCCUAAUGUAACAAUUUUCCACACUCUCAAAAUAAGUUAUGAUGGCCUUGAUGAGAUGGAGAAGAGAAUGUUUCUUGAUGUUGCAUGUUUCCAUAAGGGAAAGGAAAAGGGACAAGUAAUUGAAAUGCUAGACAGUCGUGGCUUCUGUGGAAGUAUUGGGAUACAAGUUCUUCAUGAGAAAUCCAUCUUAACUAUUGAGUAUGGAAAUGGUUUUGAACCCGACAAAGUGCAGAUGCAUGAUUUGAUGCAGGAAAUGGCAUGGGAAAUUGUUCGUCAAGAGUCUUAUGAUGACAUCGGUCGACGAAGUCGGUUAUGGCUUCGCAACGACAUUCUUCAUGUACUCGCAAAUAAUACAGGAACAGAAGCAAUUGAAGCCAUGGUCUUAUGCUUGCCUAAAGUAGAAGAGGUACACUGGAAUCCUGAAGCCUUCUCUAAGAUGAGCAAACUAAAGGUGCUCCAGUUUGAUAAUUUGAUCUUUUCUCCAGGCCCCAAAACUCUUCCUAAUUCCAUAAGAAUUUUGGAAUGGAGAUGCUAUCCUUCCAAAUUUCUCCCACCAAGUUUCCAACCGGAAUUUCUUACUAAACUUAGUUUGCCUCGUAGCGAAAUUGUUCAGCUUUGGAAUGGAGUAAAGUACAUAGGUAACUUGAAAUCUUUAGAUCUUUCUUUCUCUAGAAACCUCAUCAGGACCCCAGAUUUCACGGGUACUCCGAAUCUUGAAACCUUUAACGUUAUGGGUUGUACGAAUUUAGUUGAGAUUCACCCAUCCAUUUCAGUUCUCAAAAGGCUUAAAACUUUGAAUUUGGGACAUUGUGGAAGAGUAGAGAGUUUCCCAAGUCAUGAGAUGCCAGGAGGAAAAAAGAAAAAACCAUUGCAGGUUCUUCGUUUCGGCAUAUGCUGGAGAAAGAAUCCUGAACCUUGGGGUGUGAUGUUGCCUUCUCUAGAUGGCUUGUGCUGUUUGGAGAGAUUAGAUCUAAGUGAUUGUAAUCUUUAUGAAGGAGCGAUCCCCGAUGAUAUUGGCUAUUUGUUCUCUCUGCGAGAUUUAAAUCUUAGCGGUAACAAUUUUGUUAUCCUUCCUUCAGGCAUUACUCGGCUUUGUAAUCUUAGGUUUCUUAACCUGAAGAGGUGUGAAAGGCUUCAAGAACUGCCAGAUCUUCCAUCAAACAGAUGGUUACGCAUAAAUGCGGACGACUGUACUUGCUUAAAAAUAGUACCAGUUGCAUCAGAGUUUAGCACAUAUCUCACUCUACUGAGUAGGUUCAGUUCUAUCAAUUGCUUUGGCUUGGUUGACAAUCUAGGCGGCAUUAAUAUACUAGUUUCAAUUCUAAGGCGAUUCCUUGAGGCACUCUAUCUAAGGCAAUUUCUUGAGGUACCUGGAUUUCAAUUCAAACUAGACAUUGUAACUCCUGGAAAUGUGAUUCCUAAAUGGUUCAAUUAUCAAAGAGUGGGACAUUCGUUAAUGCUGAAGGUACCUUCGCAUUUAGAAGGCAAGAACAGGUUGGGAAUUGUGUUAUGUGCUGUUUUUGCAGAUGAGCAAAAUGCCCUUCUUGAUGUAUUCAAUUCUUUCACAAUUCAAUGUUCGUCCUCCGCAUUUGGCUCUGUUUAUGGGCCUAUUUUCGAAGUAGGCCAUCUUGUGUCAGAUCACAUUUGGGUAUCUUAUGCUCCUCUUUCCCAUUGGGAUUAUAGGAGACCAAUUUCGAUUCAUUUCAAAGCACUUUAUGGUUCACAGAGGAGACGCAUGAUACAAAGGUUGAGGAGGAUCAAGAAAUGCGGGGCCUUUUUGGUGAACCAUGACAUUGACUCUCACAAAUCAUCAGAAGGUGCACCUGCACCAGGUGCCAUCCUCAAGAGAACACAUGAACAUGAUGAAAUAUUGCCCCGCAAAAGAUCCAGGGAAGCCUAAUCAUCUUGUGCUUGCUCUGCUCUUCUCCAGGGAAGAUUCACAUUUGUAGCACCUCGUCAAAUCAAAUGUAUUGUUUUUCUGUUUCCAUUCAUUUAGCCAUAAGUUAACUUUAUUUGGUUCAAACUUCAAACCCGUAGUGUGGGAUGUGCAUGCUGCCGAUAAAAGGAAGGCUCCAGAAUAUACUUGAUUUGAUUGAUGA